AUGGCGCCACCUUGUGGAACGUGUUCGCGGGCCAGGGAGAUCGCCAUGAGCACCUCUCGCUACGGACCAAGACCUCUCCGUUCGGAUGAUUUCCCAGACGGACUGCCGCAUCUACUUGAUCACGAAGCAGAACGUGUGAAGAAAGCAAACGAGCUGUACAAACUUGUGACUCAAGUGUGCAUUAGAUGCACGGACAAGCAACUCCCCUGGACGGUGGAGAACCCCUUCUCCUCCUUGUUCUGGCGAACCUCUUUCUGGACCGAGGCGCAAUCUCGGUGCAAUCCGAGAUAUGUGCAAUUUCAUUCGUGCAUGUAUGGAAGCGAUCGCAAGAAGAACACCGCUCUGGCCUUUUCGGCAAAGUGCCUCUGGACAGACUCCAUGCUGAAUGACCAGACCUUCUCCACUUCUUUGGAGUCGGCGUACCCGGCCAAACUGUGCAAGCAAGUGGCUCAUGCUGUCAAGGAUGCCUGCGAGGCAGACAAUUUUGUCAUGGAACCUCUAGACAUGUUGCGGGCAUCGCAACUGCCGCUUGCGGCAGAGAAAGUCUCAAGAGCAAUGGCAUCCGAGGGUACCACGAAGUCCAAUCUACCCAACUUCGUUCCAGAAUACCGGGUGAUUCUCAAGGCAUUCAUUCCGAGAUCUUCCUGUACGUGGCGCAUCAAGGAUUUCAUCGAGCACCCUUUGAUCACCCCGCAGGUCACCAUUCCCGAAGGCUCCCGUCUGCUGGAAAUCUCUCCCAGAACAGAAGGGGAGAACUCCACGAUUCCAGCAGAAGCGGACACAAUCUGCACAUUUGGAGUGCCUUGGAGCCCCGGCGAGUUCCUGAAGGAAGCGGCGGGAAGAGGACACCCAGCCGACGCGAUCUCGACAGUGCCUGAAUCACUGAAAAGAUCCAUUUGGGAAAUUGCGGCUGACGAUCCAUCGGCGGUCGCUGAAAGGCGAGCGUCCUUCUUCCGCAAAUGGAUGUCGGUUGCUUCGGAGCUCUACGAAGAGGAAAAGGCCUUGAAGGACUCGAUGGACGAGGGAGUAAGGUCGGUAGUAAAGGACAAGAAGAUCCUGCUCUUCAAGGAGAUGGUGAACGCAUACGAGCUGAACGAUGCUGAAGCACACAAACUCUUGGAAGAAGGUGUUGACCUUACGGGCGAAAUUCCGAUGUCGAACGACCUGCCCAAGAGGUACACCCCGGCCACGAUCCAUGAGAGCGAGCUCGAAGCUCUUGCUCCGGUCAUCAAGGAUGCAGCGCUCUCAAGGGCUCUUGGAGCCGCGGAGGGCCUAUCCAAGGAAGUGUGGGAGAAGACCAUAACGGAAGUUUCGAGGGGAUGGCUCAAGGGACCCAUGGAGCCUGAUGAUGCCGAUGCGCCCUCGGUCGUGUCUAAUCGCUUUGGGGUUAAGCAGAGGGACAAGGUACGGUGCGUCGACGAUAUGUCGGCUAGUUUGAUAAACGCUACCACCUUCGCGGAGGAAAGGAUAUCUCUUCAUUCCGUAGAUGUCAUGGCUUCCGCUGUGGUUGAGUGGUGCGACGCCAGAGACGCCGCGCAGAGGCCUCGCGACUUGACCGCUAAGAGCUUCGAUCUUAAGUGGGCCUUCAAGCAGAUGGCAGUGUCGGCGAGCUCCAGAGACAGGGCGGGACUAGUCAUCAAGGACCCGUCUGGCUGCCCCAAGGUCUUUACAUCGCUGGCCCUGCCCUUCGGGGCCACUCAGAGUGUAUACGCCUUCAACAGGAUGAGCAGGGCACUGUGGACCCUAGGAGUCGUGGCCCUCAGUCUCAUGUGGACGGUUUUCUUUGACGACUUUUGCCUGUUUUCGGAGCCCGCCCUGGAGAAGAGCUCGGACCUGGCUGCAAGGUCCCUCUUCGAUAUCCUUGGAUGGGUGUAUGACGCCUCUGGCGAGAAAAACACGGUCUUCGGUAGGACACUACACGCUCUAGGAGUCAGCGUCAACCUGAGACAUCUCACCAAGGGAUCGCUACUCAUCAGCAACACUGAGGCAAGAAUCAGUGAGCUCGUGAGCGAGCUCUCAAACAUUCUCGACAGGGGAAGAAUAUCGAGAUCCGAGGCCAGGCACAUGGCGGGGCGAAUGAGUUUCGCCGGAGGGCAAAUCUUCGGUCGACUCCCGAAGUCCUGUCUUAAAGUAUUCUACUCCGUUUUGGAACGGAACUCUACCGCAAUUGACGGAAGCAUCUCCGCAGCACUUCGGAUGUACAUUGACAUCGCUCAGUUCGCCCCAGCGAGGACGAUUCUCCUGGGUCAGAGGCCCUGCGUCUUUAUAUACACUGACGCGUCCCUGGAACCGACUAAGGAAGGAAACGUCGCGGGAAUAGGCGGAGUCCUGUGCGGACCCACUGGAGAGCCCCUGAGGUUCUUCUCGUACUUCCCUAGCUCAGCUGAGCUUGCUGAGGUGGGAAUAGACCUAGAGUCUAAGUGCAUCUUCUUGCUCGAGUUGGCUGCAGUCUGCUUGGCGUUCAAGGCUUGGGGCGAGGCCCUCAGAGGAAUGAGAGUCGUAUGCUACUGUGAUAAUGAAGGCGCCAAAGCCUGCCUUAUGACUGGAGCAAGCGCUAACAGAGUCGCAAACGACUUGCUGAAGCAUCAAGCCGCAUAUGAGCUCAAGACGGGGACUGUACCCUGGAUCGCGAGAGUCCCGUCAAAAUCGAACAUCGCGGAUGAACCCUCGAGAGUUAGGAUCGAGGCUCUCCCAGACUUUCCCGACGCAGUACGGUCCACGGUAAGCGUCGAUCUUAUAAAAGAUGGGGAGAGUUCUCUCCGCUUUCAGUGA